AAUCUAAUCAACAAAUUUUUCCUUAUAGUUUAAUUUCGUUCUUUUUUUAGGCGAGCUCGAAUCGAUUUCUUAACGAUGCCCGGUUUAAAAUCGUUGGUGAGACGAAGAAACAGUGGCGAAUCCGGAGACACAUCAUCCCCUUUAAUGAAGAAAGAAGGCAGUUGUGGAGCGUUAAUUAAACCUGCGGCAAGUUUAGCGAGUUUAAGAAAAUGUGAAACCGUAAUUGCUCUCACCGGGGUGUUGUCUUCGGGCUCAUCAACAUCGAGUGUUCAUGGAAGCAUGGAACGUUUACGUCCCGUGAAUCGGUUACGCGUUUCUCCCCAUAAUUCCACCAAUCGGCUGUGUUCGCGAUGUUCCAGUCUUUUAACGUUAGCCUCCAGUUCGAGGUACUCGUUAAAUGCCUCCACCGGGGGAUUCGUACAAGUUCCAGAUGAACCUCCGAUUCUUUGUAAACUUUGCCUCAGCGAGGUGCCUUUUAAGAAAAGUUUUGGAAUAUUGAGUUGUGGAUGUUCUUUUUGUUCCGAUUGUAUGCGGACUUACGUUGAGAUAGAAAUAGCAGAGGGAGCUUACGAUAUAUCGUGCCCAGAUGCUCAAUGUCCACUACAAGGGGUAUUAAACCAAGAGGAAAUUCGUAAAUUAGUCGGUGAUGAUUUAUUGGUUAAACACAAAAAGUAUCGAUUGAAUCGAGAGAUUGAAAUCGACAAGAACCGUACGUGGUGUCCCCAAGCUGGUUGUGAAACGGUGUGCAAUGUGUGCCCUUCGCAAAGAUGUCAACCGCAAAGCGUGCAUUGCCCGACUUGUUCGUUGGAUUUUUGUAGUAAUUGUAAAUUGGAGUGGCACCAUGGGAUGUCGUGCGAUGAAAACAACAAGAAAUUGGCGAAACAGGGCAAAGUUGAAGAGGCGGGAAUUCCGUUCGAUUCGGAUCUAAUUAAAUGUUGUCCGAUGUGCAAUGUUCCUAUCGAAAAAGAUGAAGGCUGUGCACAGAUGAUGUGCAAAAGGUGUAAGCACGUGUUCUGUUGGUACUGUUUAGCUAGUUUAGAUGAUGAUUUUUUGUUGCGUCAUUACGAUAAAGGUCCGUGUAAGAACAAAUUGGGACAUUCCAGGGCUUCGGUAAUUUGGCAUCGGACGCAAGUAAUUGGGAUAUUUGCCGGCUUCGGAAUAUUAUUGUUGGUGGCAUCGCCUUUAUUAUUAUUGGCAGCGCCGUGUAUAGUUUGCUGUAAAUGUCGCUUUUGCAAUGCGGGAACAACGAAAUUGGAUAACGAAGAUGAAUUGCCCGGCGAAAGUUCUUGAUGUCGUCAUCAUCAAGACGAGGUGUGGUUGUAGUUUUUAUUUGAUUUUUUUUUAUUUUCUGAUCAUUUUAAAACACUAUUUUCAUUUUAA